ACAGAAGAAAAACGUGGCCAAGCAUGAGAGAGGAGGAGCAGUCUAAUGAUGAGCACCCUGAGGGAGGGGUGGUUUCCAGCAAGGAGAACAUGGGGAGACCACCUUCCAACGCAUGUCCUGUUGUUGUAGCGACGCCGGGGGUCACCGUGCGUAAGCGGCUGACAGGCUCACAUACGGAGGAUCGCGUUACCACAGUGACUCCCACCACAUCAGCAAGCUACAGCAAGGUCAAGCCAGGGGACGACAUCCAGAUCUACACCCCCACCGGACCCAAGAGACUGAAGAAGAGUCCUCAGCAUCGGCCACCUUCCUCAGAGCCGUCCCUUUCUCCCGUCCCCGGCCCGAGUCCCGGAGGUCUCUCAGCCAUCGAGGACCCACACGCCCAGCGGGUGAUUGCCAACAUCCGGGAGCGCCAGCGGACGCAAUCUCUGAACGAAGCCUUUGCCUCAUUGCGUAAAAUAAUCCCCACACUCCCCUCUGACAAACUGAGCAAGAUCCAGACCCUUAAGUUGGCAUCGCGCUACAUUGACUUCCUGUACCAGGUACUGCAGAGCGACGAGAUGGACUCUAAGCUGGCUGGAUGUAACUACCUGGCCCAUGAAAGACUGAGCUACGCCUUCUCUGUGUGGAGGAUGGAGGGGGCCUGGUCGACCAUGUCCGCUGGUCACUAA